GCUCGUCCGUGCGCAUGCGCGUGCCUGGAACCCGGGAGGCUGGGUCCGCACGGGUGGCCUGCACCGUGCACGGUGGGCACUGCCCGGGUUCCCCGCAGGCUGGUCCUGCUGGCCAAGCGCUUGAUUUCCGGCUGUCUCUGCAGAACGGUGACCUGAGCCCAAGUGAGGGCCCGAGACACGCGCUGGGCGUCGGAACUGCAGCCGCGCUGACCCUGGGCUCCAGCACGGUCCGCGCUCCCCUGGCCGUCAGCCGUGGGCUAAGAGUGACGCCGUUACCUUCCGGGCUCGGAGGCCUUCAGACUGGGAGCCACGCUGCCGGCGCCCCACGUUGCAGUGGACCUGUGCCACGUGAGCCACGCCGCCCGCCGCUGACCGCUCUCCUGUCAGAUACCUUAUACAUUUCCCGCGGGGUCUUGCUCGCUCGCGCUCUCUCUCUCUCUCUCUCUCCCCGGAACUGCAGCACCGACUUGGGUCUCAGGAGUGGUUCCGAAUUCUAAGAUGGGUUUCCUUCAUUGGCUUUGGGGCUUCUGGAAUUGGCUGUGUAAUAUGGUUAGACCUAAAGACGCAAAGGAUUCUCCUUCCGACGGCGCGGACAGCACCUGCAAUCCGUGGCGGGAGCUAUUCUUAGAGAUGUGCAGGAUAAACGCGGUGGACUCUCCCGAGUCACCGCUCGAGGGAGGCCAGGAACUCGGUGACUCUGUCCAUGGGACCUUCCAGCUCCUGUGGGGAACCAGGGAGCACAGGGACGCUGGCUGGCUGCUCCUGUCCUCGCUGGACAGGGUGGUGAGAGACAGAGACGAACUCAGGGACGAGGUUUACCGGCUGCAGCUCCGCGUCAACGACCUCAGGGUUUCCAAGAGCGUCCUGGGCCAGAGUCUCCUCUCCUGUAGCCACAGGGCGGAGGUGGCGGAGAACCAAGCCCAAGCCCUCAUCGUGCGGCUGGCGGAAUUGCAGCGGAAGCUGAACUCGCGGCCUCGCAGGGUGUCUGCCGUGAAAGUCAGAGCGCUGGUCGGCAAAGAGUGGGAUCCCGUACGCUGGGACGGCGACGUGUGGGAGGAGCUGGACGAAGCUGCGGACGCCGAGCCCCUAAAUCCCGAGGAGGCUUGCUUGCCAGUGGAACUGGGCCUCCCGCCCCCCAGCGUGGUCCCCGCAUCCCCACUCGCGGCUUCCCCCGCCCCGGCGGCGGCGGAGGGCAUCAGUUCUGCGUCACCCGAGGAAGCGGGCAUGGCUUCUCCUGGAGCAGCCGCCAGGCAGAGCCAGGCUGAGGCGCCUCAGGACCCCGCCGCGUCACCCCUCUUGUCCUGCAGACAGGUAGCUGGCCCCGGUUCUCGGCAGGCCCCUGAGGCCGUGAGAAGCCGUGAGAAGGCACGCUACAGCCCGAAGGAACUGCUGGAGUUUUCCGCUUUGUACAAGCAGAAGACUGAAGAGCAAGUGUGGGAGUGGAUACUCAGGGUGUGGGAUAACGGGGGGAAGAACUUAAAGUUGGUCCGGGCUGAAUUCAUCGACCUGGGCUCCCUGAGCCGGGAUCCCGCCUUCAACCUGGCCGCUCGGGGAGUUAAGAAAGGCGCUAACAGUUUAUUCGGUUGGUUGGCCGAGACGUGGGUUAAAAGAUGGCCCAGCGUGCGCGAGCUGGAGAUGCCAGACCUCCCGUGGUUUACCCUGGAGGAGGGCAUUCGCAGGCUCAGGGAGAUCGGCAUGGUGGAGUGGCUGUGUCACCUGAGAUCCACCCCCCUGCCCUGGGAGGGCCCCGAAGAUGCGCUUUUCACCAGCGCGGUGAGGAACCGAUUUGUGAGGGGCGCCCCAGCAUCCCUGAAGACCUGUGUGGUCGCCCUCCUCUGCGGGCCGGGCCUUACGGUGGGAACCGCCGUCACUCAAUUGGAAAACUUGAACGCGAUGGGAAUGAUAUGAGCCCAGGGUGGCGAGGGCCAGCCGGUGGCGCCCGGCCAUCGGCAGCUGGCCUGGUGUAGCCGCCGUGAUGAAGGGCAGAUCGUGGUAUUCCAGAGAGGGAAGCAGGUAGGAAGCUGCCAAAUUCUUACUCGGCCUGCCUGGGCAGACAAGUCCCAGGUCAACUGAAUCACGCCCCUUCAUCGAUUCCCAAAAUCGACCCAGUCCACAGACCCAGGACCGCCCGAUGAAGAGUUGGCCGGGUCCCCUUGAGGACGGGCCCCGGGACUGCUGAUUGUGUGUCGUUUGUCUUUCUUCUGUCCUCCCUGCGAAGGGACCUGUGGCCUCAGACCAGGGUCGCCCUGUGUCGAGGGAAAGGAAGUGACGAGGAGUCCGGGGACGCUGGACAGCAGCUCUGAGUGCACACUGGGUCCGGAGACCUGAAGCUUCACCAUGGCCCUCCGGUCAGGGUGGGGGCCGCAGAGUCACGUGACGAAUGGCCUUCUAGCUCACGUCCAGCUCACAGGAGGCCCGCAGCCCGCUCUGGGGCCAUUGCCCCAUUCCGGGAUGCACAGCGGAGCAGGUGUAUGUAACAGCCAGCAGAAGCCCCACGUUGGGCCCUGACCUCGAGAGCCGCCUCCACCCAGAGGACAGUCGCCGGAGAGCAGCACCAGUCCCUGAGGGGUUGCAGGGGUGAGAGCCAUCGGCAGGCACGUGGAACACGCAGGGGUGAGGUUCCCCUGUGUCACCAUGCGACUCACCUGUCUGGCCCGUGCGGAGGGCAGGUGGAUCCUGGAGAGUGGCAGGGCCUGUCCUGAGCGUGCGCUGUGCGGUGAUUGCAGUCGCGGCUGCUGAGCCAGAUGUCAUCGUGUGGCUUGAGCAGAACGGCGCGUUUCCUGGUACUGCUGUGCAGCUGGUGGCCUGGCGAGGCCGGCGGGAGACCUCCAGACCCCUGCCUAAGGGCUGUCCCCACUCCAGCCUGUGCCACAGUUCAGUUGGAAGGGCCUGGGUCACCUUUCCACAGGACAGCCACAGUGGUCCAUCGUGUUGAUGGACGCAGUGAGCAGGAAGUAGAGGAGCUGGCGCGUGGUGCGGUCAUUAAGGGGCCGCCUGGGGUGCUGCGUCCCGGGCGGGGCGCCUGGGAUUGAGCCGUGCCCCGCGUCCCAUCCAGCCACCUGCGAGUGCACGUGUGAGGCAGCAGGUGGCUGCCCAGGUUCUUGGGCUUCAGCUGCCCACACAGGAGACCUGGGUGGAGGCCCUGACUCCUGGCCCAGGCCCGGCUGUUUUGGGCAUUGGAGGGGGCGGGGAGUGAACCAGUGGACGGAGGCUCUCCGCCCUCCCCUCUCCCCCCAGUCACACUUUUAAAUAAACACAAAAAAGAAGUAGCAACCAUUUUGGACUUCCUGUUGCUGACGCUGUGGUACAGUGGGUUAACGCCCUGGCCUGAAGCGCUGGCAUCCCAUAUGGGUACUGGUUCUAGUCCCGGCUGCUCCUUUUCCGAUCCAGCUCUCUGCUGUGGCCUGGGAAGGCAGUAGAAGAUGGCCCAAGUGCUUGGGUCCCUACACCCGCAUGGGAGACCCAGAGGAAGCUCCUGGCUCCUGGCUUCGGAUCGGCGCAGCUCCGGCCAUUGCAGCCAUCUGGGGAGUGAACUAGCGGAUGGAAGACCUCUCUCUCUGUUUCUACCUCUCUCUGUAACUGACUUUCAAAUAAAUAAAAUAAAUCUUUUUUUUAAAGACCUUGUGUGUCAGAGAGUGAGCAAUAACUACUAAAAUUCCGGGAUCUUCUGCUUGGGGUUUCCGGAGGGUCAGUGGUUUGGGCACAUCGAGGUCUCCCUCCUGUGCUGAAGGAAAAGUUGUGUCUGACCCCGUCUACUGCCAGGAAAAGCCCUGUGCCCAGUGGACCCAUUUGGGGGGCAGCACACUUAGCCUGAAAGGCCUCUGGUUUUGAGUGGCAUGGGACGGACGAAGGCUAUGCAACAGGUGCAGCCUACAGCAUGAGGCGCUCUUCCGCUUGGGCCGCCUGACCCUGCAGAGCCAACGGCCCCCGGGGUGUCAGCAGUAGGGAUGCUGUUUGGAGCCUUUGGCCAGCCCCCAUGUGUCCCAGGGCAGCCCGGGGGCUUUGGGGCAGGGCCCUGUCAUCCGCAGACGACUGCUGUCCUGGGAAAGAGCUCCGGGUCAGCUGCCAGGCCUCAGUAGACGCUGGCCUCCUGCCCAUGGGCUCCCAAGGAGCGUGGGGCCUGACCAGCCCGUCGUGUCCCGGGCUCUGACCUAGCCGGGAAGCCAGGUGUACACAGCAGCUGUCCGUCAGCUAGAAGUGUGUGUGUUCACGAUCCGGCCUGAGAAGGUCCUGGGGGCACAGGUAAGCCACGUGGAUGCCCGCGGUCCCUACCCCGCCACGCUGCCUUCUCUUUCCCAGCCUGCACCUGUGGUGCCGUGUGGGUCCCCUGUGCUCACUGACCGGGAGAGAGGACAAGGGCCUGGCUUACAGAUGGGUCCUCCACAGCGUGCGAGCACCAGCUGAGAGUGGACAGCCGCAGCUCUCCCUCUCGGCAACGCCGGGGAAGUCUCACACGGCAGAGCUGGGCAGUGCGCUGGUUGUGCACUUUGCCAGGAAGGAGAAACGGCCGGGUGCGUGGUGCGCGUCAGUGUGUGCACUGCAGCCAAGUGGUUUAACUGGAUGGGCAAGGGCUCUGCACGUGACUGGAGAACUGGUGACAAAGAAAUCUGGACAGGAGGUGUUGUAGAUGACCCUCUCCAGUGGGCAGAGUGCCCGCCGGGGCUGACGGCAGCAGGGGAGGACCUCAGUGGUCGGGGUGGGACGCCCAGCUCUGCGAAUCCCGGUCGCCCUGUCUCUGCCCAGAGGCGGCGUCUUGGCCGAGGUGGAGGUUGUGUGUGGGCUCAGCAGCAGGGACUUCAGUUCACCAGCGCUGAUCUGGCCACAGCCACCACCGUGUGCCCAGUUUGCCAGCAGCAGGGACCGGCCCCGGGGCCCUGGUCACCAGCGUCCUGGGGCAGGUCACCUACCUCGGACUGCUUCCGCCGGGGAAGGAGCGGCAAUUUGUCCUUCCUGGAAGGACUCUGACAUGAGUUUCCUCCUGUACCAGGCAGUGAAUCUGCCACCUGUGGUCUACCCACCAUCGCGCUAUUCCGCCCAGCACUGCUUCUGACCCAGGGACGCAGCCAAAACGUGGUGAUGGGCCCAUGGCAUGGGGUUCCCUGGUGGGCCUGAGGAGCCAGCGCGAUAGGCUGACAUCGGCGUUAGGUGCCCGCUAGGUGACGGUACCAUGCGGGCCUGGUGCAGGACUCUCCAGAACACUGUGUGUGCUCUGAGCCAGCGUCCGUAUGUGGCGGUAUGCCCCGCAGCCAGGAUCGCGAGUCCAGGAACACGGGGUGGGAGUGGGGUGGCGCUGGUCAUCAUUGCCGGUGACCUGUGGGCAAGAGUUUCGCUUUCUGCUCCUGUGCCUCCGUGUGCUGCUGGCCUAGAGGUCUUACUGCAGAGGGAGGGAGGCUUCCACCAGGGGACACCCAGUGACUUCACUGAACUGGGGGGGGGGGGGAGUAGUGAGACCCACACCCACCACUUCGGGCUCCUCAUGCCUCGCAAUCGGUCAGUGAGAAAGGAGGUCCUGUGUCGGCUGGGGUGACUGAUCUCACCCACAAGGGGAAACUGGGCGAGGGCUCCACAGUGGAAGGGAGCAAGAGCGGAUGCAGGAUGCAGAGACCCCUUCGGACGACUCCUGGUGUCACAGUGCCCCGUGACUGAAGCCGGCAGGGAAGCAGGACUUAGAGCGGCCCAGGCUCCAGCAGCAGAGGUUGGACCACCCCCCACCCCCACACCGCGAGAACCCCGAUCGGACGCGGUGUUUGCUGAGGGCGAGUGAGUAGGACGAGGUAUUCUUGUACAGUUGCGUGGCCAGCCACAGAGGAGGACUGGCAGUCAUCGUGUGUAUCUGUUCCACCUUGUGAGGGACACCUCUCUCUGUAUAUUAAGUCGUACUCUUGUUUUCGCUCUUAAUCUUGUAAAAUAAAAUUGCGGACUACAUA